CGUCUGGCAGGCAUCGGACCAGCAUGACACUGCCAGCGUGCCGGGGCUGAGGAACGUGGGGAAAUGGCUUUGCUGGUGUCUUGGGGCAACGGGGAGCCGGUUGCAUCAGCGUCGUGAGCGCAGAGCGGGCGGAGGAGGGAGCACACGGAGUACAGUUGCUGCUUCUCUCUUAUCGCUGGAAUAAAACUUGAGGGGUUUUCCUUGCUCGGGAGUGAUGCGCUGGAAACUUGAAGUCAGGAGCCAUGUGAGCAGAUGAACGCACCUCAGCGUGACAUUUUUUUUCCCCCCUCCUCUUUCAAAUGAUCCAUGUCUUAACCGGAGGGAAUGUGGACCUGAGUUUCCUGUUUGCUGUGUAAGCAGGGUGUGAAUCAGCAGCGAAGUACGGUGCUGCUGAGCGGAGCUGCUGACUCACAGGUAGAGCACAUGCCUCCAGCCGCCCUCCCGCCUUGAAAGGGAUCAACUGAGCUUCUUAAAAAGGUUCUCACGGGGACGCUCCGGUUCAGACCCCUUGCUCAGCUCGGAGGUGCUGUGAGCAGCGUGUGGAUGUGUGGAUGGAGGGAAGAGAUUCCAAAGGAUCCUUGGAGCCUCACAAACCGAUGAAAAGCAAGAAGAAGCGGGAGCUGAGGAUAACAUGUCCCCCCAUCAAACAGCCUGUUGCCAACACAACGCCCCCGAGGAACUUGGACUCCAGAGCGUUCAUUACCAUCGGAGAUAAAAACUUCGAGGUGGAAGCUGAUGACCUGGUGGCCAUUUCGGAGCUGGGCCGCGGGGCCUACGGCGUGGUAGAGAAAGUCCGACACGCACAGAGUGGCACCAUCAUGGCCGUGAAGAGGAUUCGAGCGACUGUGAACACACAGGAGCAGAAGAGGUUAUUGAUGGACUUGGACAUCUCCAUGAGGACAGUGGACUGCUUCUACACUGUCACCUUCUACGGAGCCCUCUUCCGUGAGGGCGACGUGUGGAUCUGCAUGGAGCUCAUGGACACCUCCCUAGAUAAAUUCUACAAGAAAGUACUGGAGAAGAAGAAAACCAUCCCUGAAGACAUUUUAGGGAAAAUGGCUGUGUCUAUUGUACGAGCUCUGGAGCAUCUGCACAGUAAACUCUCCGUAAUCCAUAGAGACGUGAAACCUUCCAAUGUGCUGAUCAACAAGGAGGGACAUGUGAAAAUGUGCGACUUUGGGAUCAGCGGCUACUUGGUGGACUCAGUUGCAAAGACCAUGGAUGCUGGCUGCAAACCAUACAUGGCUCCAGAAAGAAUAAACCCUGAGCUGAACCAGAAAGGCUAUAACGUGAAAUCAGAUGUCUGGAGCCUGGGAAUCACAAUGAUUGAGCUGGCCAUUCUCCGCUUCCCGUACGAGUCCUGGGGGACCCCCUUCCAACAGCUCAAGCAAGUGGUGGAGGAGCCCUCGCCCCAGCUGCCCGCCGAUCGCUUCUCCAAGGACUUUGUGGACUUCACGGCGCAGUGCUUAAGGAAGAACCCCGCUGAGAGAAUGAACUAUUUAGAACUUAUGGAACACCCUUUCUUUACCUUGCACGACACCAAAGAGACUGACAUGGCCUCCUUUGUGACAGAGAUCCUCGGGGAAGACUCCUAACUCAAACCUCCUGGCUUUGUCCAGUCCCCUCCGUCCAGGCAUCCCCCGAGAAGAGCGAACGAGGACUCAAGUUUAUGGUGGUUUGCACAAAUCCCACUUCCCCGUGGCACCCUCCAGCCUCACAAUCUCUUUUCUCCCUGCCCUGUAAACCAAAUCCCCCCGGCAUGAGCAUUUUGAAGCCCAACACCAUAUCGACUAAGCCAUGGAGACCGAAGGCUCAGGAGUUCCCUGCUGAUGCUGGCGUGUCCCUCCCGGGGAGAGGGCUGUGCCCACAGCACCUGAGCAGGGCCAGGGCAGAGAGUGCCCAGAGGGCAUCUCCCUGCCCUGGGCAGCCUGGGGCACAUGCAGGGGGUCUGCAGUUCUUUGCUGCCUGAGGAGGGCAGAGAGAAAAAAUGCUGCUGUCCUCACCCCACUCUUCUCCCCUGCCUGCCCAAGCACCCUGCCUGGACUCUGGUCUCGCUUGCCUUCCCUUUGUGCCUGGCUCUGUGCUCCCAGGAGCCUACACAGCUUUUUAGGGGGCUGUGGGGCUCCGUGGGCAUGCUGCUGUUCCCAUCAGAGGCCGUUUUAAUGCCUGGCUCGACAUCUUGACCCUUUGAGGCAGCUCCAGACUGGGCACCCCCUCCCUCAAUAAAUACGCUGCUUCCUUGGGAGGGGAAAAAAAAAUGCAUCCUUUUUUUUUGAUGAACCCACCUUGACACAAGCUGCGACCCACACUCUCCCCACAGGACCUCACCCAGCACACAGUGCUCCCUUCCCGGGCGGGCACAAGGCUGUGGAGGGACCAGCCAGUGCCUGGGCACUGCCUGUGUGCCCCCCCAGCUCUGGGCACCCGAUGCCUCCCCUGGCUCCCGGAGAAGAUGUCGCUCCAUCUGCCUUCCAUAGAGCCUCGUGUAAGACCUCGCACUGUGACACCAGCUCCUUUUGGAGGCCGUCCCCUGCUCCCCUCGUGUCCCAGAACUUGCCUGUCACCCCUCCAGCUGCCCUCUGAGGUGGCAGCCGAGUGGAAACCCCAGUGACUCGCCCGGGGGCUGCCACCACUUGUACAUUUUUAUGUCUAUAUAUAAUGGACUUUGUAACAUGUUUUCCUAGUUUUAAUCUAACUCGCUAUAAAUUAAAAAGCCCUUGUGUGUGGGAGGAGGGAGGAGCAGUUCCUUCUCCGCUAACAAAUCCACUGUGAAAAACCUGAUGUGUUUCCCCACUCUCCCAGCCUCCAGCACCCUGCAGGGAGCUCUGGGAGCAACAGGGGUUGUUUCUGGCUUCUACUGUAUCUGAUCACAGGACAAACGCACCGGCCGUGGAUUUCCUUGGGGUUUGGUUGGGUUUUUUUCAUAGAUUUCAAUUUUCAGAGGGAUUUUUGUGGUUUUUUUUUCCUUUUCUAAUAUAUAAUUGUGUGUGUGUAUGUGUGUGCACUAUAUAUAUAUAUAUAUAUUAUAUUUUUAAAUCAACAAUGAGCGUGUGAGUGUCUCUGUGGCCAGCAGCUUGGGUGGAGGGGCUAGUGCUUUUCUGGCUUGGUGGGGAAUAGGGGAAGGACACCCUGGCCUGAGACUUUUUUUCUUAAAAAAAGAAAAAGAAAUGCAUCUAUUUUAAAACUGAAUCUUCAAUAAAUCAAUGUUGCUCCUGAGAUUCAUGCCCCAGAGGUGUGCAUUUCAGGGGGCAUUUCCUGGCCUUCAGCAUCCCCCAGCCCCUGAAGAAUGAUGUCCCCUUAAAUUCAUCACUCCCCACUCCUGCAGCCCAGAGAUCCUCAGUCUGGGCACAGGGCUGCUCGACAUCAUCUCUUCCUGCAAGCUGCUCCCAGGGGAACCUGCUUCAGGGCAAUUGGUUCUCAGUCCUUGCUGGCAUGGUGCAGCAGCAUUAUUUCUUCCCCCUAUCACCCCCUCCCCCUGUCACAUCCCUGAAAGAACCACCCCAGGCCCAGCUGCUCCACUCCGGUUCCAACCUGACACCCCCACCCCACCUCUUCAUCUAAAAUGAGGAAGUGGGUGAUGUUGUCCCCAGCUCCUCCUUGGUCCUGCUCUGCAAACCACCUGCUGCUCUCUGCGUGCACCCGCUUGCUUUGACAGCUUUGCAGCUGAUGUGUUCAGUUGUGGGGUUUCUUUCAGUGUUGGUUACUUUGAAUUAGGUUUUGUUUUGAUGCUGAGCUUUUGUUCUUUUAUCUCUUUGUUUUGACCCCUUUCCUCACCUUUUUUUGGUGCUUUGGGGAAUAGUGAUUUUUUUAUUUGGGCAUGUGUGGGGUUUUUUUUUUCCUGUGUUUCUCCUGAAAAAGUCCCAAUUCCUGUAUUUUGGGGAAAGGGAGUAUCUGCCCUUUCAGCUACCGGGGCAGUGACUCUGGGCUGGGCUUGGAACUCUGGAUGGAGCAAGGCUUGGCUGAAGAGGCAAACUCAACACCUCCCUCUGCUCUGCUUCAUGCGGGAGCUCUGCCGUCUUGCUCUUCACACUUCCCUGGUCUCCCUCUGCAUCUCUUCUGCUAUGGCAAGGGGGAACAGCAGCCCUGGGGGAACCAGCUUGGCUUUAAGGGGGCCAGAAGCCCCUGUAGCCUUAUCUGAGAACGGUCUGUACCCACUAACUCCAGUCCUUGUUUUCAAUAAAAUUCACCCUCCAA